AUGGCAGCUUUCGACGGCCUCGACGGCUAUGCCAAAGUGGCUUCCCUAAUGUCGCGCUACAAUGAGUAUGGCAUAUUCCGAAGCUUCAAAGCACUGAAUAUGCGGAAUCUUCUUUACUUUCAGGCUGAGCUCACUCAGCUCGAGCAGGAAUUGAAGGAGAUAGUGCGGACAGACCAGCUUUCUGAUUCGGAGGCUCGACAUGAGGCCUUGCUUCAGUGCCAAAGGCUCUCAGCUUUCAAAAAGCCCACCAAAUACAAGAUCGACUUCUUCCGUGAUUGGCAGCUCCUGAUGAAACUGAGAGGAGGACAGUCGAUUAUCAGCGAUGACCAAAACGCAUGGAAUGAAGCUAAUGAGGACGACCUUGUCACAACCGACAACCCGAACAAGGUGGACGCAACCAGCACUUGGAUCUCAGAAACUCUGGUUCCUAAUUACCAUUGGUGUAUUGGCAAGUACCACAAGACACCAGUCGAUUGGGACCCAGUCGCGGGAAUCGCGAACUACUCCGACAAAGCAAUCACAAGACUCGUUGACACCUUCGCAACUGUGGUGUCAUGCGUGUUCUCCGUCCUCUCCAUUGUGGCUCUGAACUCAGUGCGGAGCGUCUCCAUCCGCAUUGGGUUGACGGCUGUCUUCACUGCGGUGUUUUGCCUUUGUCUCGCUGUAUUGGCCGAGGCCAAGAGGAUCGAAAUCUUCGCUGCAACGUCGGCAUUUGCUGCAGUCCAAGUUGUCUUCAUCGGCACGACCGGCGACUGUUCCUGUCCCAGCGAUUGA